AUGGCCGAUCACUCUUCCAACACUGUUUACUUGGUCACUGGGGCGAAUAGGGGGAUCGGCCUCGCCAUCGUCAAACUCCUCUCCGCCCGCCCCAAAACAACCAUCAUCGCCACAACCCGCUCCUUUUCCACUCCCUCCCCCUUCGAUGCUACAACCCCCCACCAUGCCACCAGCUGCGUCAUCCCUAUUCUUCUCGACGACGCAAAAGAUGAGAUAUCAUCAUCUACCCUACCCUCCCGCCUCCAAUCCCUCGGCAUCACCCACAUCAACACCCUCAUCGCAAACGCCGGCUCGGCCACAGGUUUUAAAUCAGUCUUUGACACGACAGAGGAAGAGUACCUCGCUGACCUUAAUGUCAACACCCUCGGCCCAAUCAGAUUGUUCAAAGCACUAUGGCCGCUGUUGGAGAAGGAAGGGGGGAAGUUUGUCGUGAUUGGGAGUUCGGUGGGGAGUAUAGGGGGUUUGGUGACACCGGAGGGGGAGGUGGAGGGGGGGAUGUUGGUUUGUGGGGGGUAUGGGUUGAGUAAAUGUGGGGUGGGGUGGUGGGUGAUGAAGUUGAGGGCGGAACUUAAGAUGCAGCGAAAGGGGGUGGUGGUUGGGGUUGUUCAUCCGGGGUGGGUGAAAACGGAGAUGGGACAGGGGCUGGCGGAUGCGAUUGACAAGUUGACGAUGGAGAAUUCGGGGCAGUUUUGGAGGUGGGAUGGGGGUGUUUUGCCUUGGUAG